AUGAAAGUUUUUUUCAUGUUUUUCUUCGCGCUAGGGUACUCCUUUUCUGUCCAUGAUUUCUGCCCGAAGGUUUGCGUUGCCUGUUCGCCCCAUCUGCUUGGAAAACGAAGUGUCGAUAUGGAUGAACUUAUGAAAUCAGAAAUCAACGAAGAAGAUCCUCAAGAAAGAAUCAGCAAGCGCGGCUGGCUCGAUUUUUCAGACCACAAAGAUAUGAUAUCGUCCGAAAAAGUUACUACGAUGAGCCCUUCAGGGACCAAGUCGACCAAUCAAAAGUCCAAAUGCAUCGAUGGUGCGAAGCCUGUGCCGACGAUUGUGGCUUGUAAAAAACUGAAAAGAGGAAUAAAACCAUCUUCAGCAGUUGUUUCUUUUUUUUUCUAUGGAACCGAUGAAGUCGAUCCGAGACGCAAAAGGUCAAAGGAAACGCUGCUUCCCCUCGAGAUGGAUGUGAAAGUGAAAAUUAACGGUGAAAAUUGGUUUGGAAUUGCCUUUGGAAAGCCUGCUUCUUUUAAUAAGGCGAGAAGUGAAUGUGCGAAAAGAAAUAUGUCGAUUCCGGCUGAAAGCUUCGAAAUCGUCGAUUUUUAUCCUGAAAGACCUCUUAAAGAGCAUCAUCUUGAUCGAAUUUGGUGGAUCGACCCGCUUUUCUAUAACGACGAUUCUAUAAGUUCUGAAACUCAGAGACGAGUCGAUGGUCUUAUAAAGGAGCAGGAGAGCAAAGACUUCGGGAUAAUGAUUCUACCAAGAACGGACGGGGAAAUUUGA